AUGAGGAAGUCUUCCGAGAUUCAUGCGCCAGGCUUGUUUGAUGUCCUCCUCAGUUCAAUUCUUAGAGAUGACUCCAGGCUGUCAGAAGACAGGAAAACACUGCAGGAGCAAAGAACAGAUGCUCUUCUCCAUAUUAAACAUAUUUUAGGUAUCUGGCAAAGAAUGAAAUAGAAAACAAUGCUGACCUCUAAUGAGAUCGUGUGGUCAAAAAAAUAUUUAUAUUAAUUUGCUGUUCAUCUUUGUCUAGGUCCCAAAAGUCAUGUCCCUUGUAAAAAGACCUGGGUCUGCAGUAUAUGCACCAACAUGGCCUUUCAACAUCUGGCUUGA